AUGAAAGAAAUGACGAUGACUCUAUCUUCAUGGUGCGCAGGACGUCGAGCGCGAUUUCUUAGUAACCGACCGAUAGUUUUCGACCGACCGAGACUUUUCGCAUCCAAGAAUGGAGCUUCAGCUUCGUCAUCAAAGCUUCCCAGGGCUUCACUAGUUAUUAAGGCUUCAAUUAGGAAUAGCAUAAGAAUAGACAGCUUGUUGUGCUCAUAUGCAGAUGUGAAAUAGGAAAAGCAGGGCUACUUGUUUUUCAGUCUUUUACUAGGUUGAUACUGUGUGAUGUUGUACUUGACUGGAACUAGUGGUUUUGACUUUUGCUUUGGAACUAGUCUGCAUAGCUUGAUGUGCCGCGACGUAGCAAAACCUCUCAGACUUGUACAUUUCAUUUGUAACGGGGCAAACAGUACCUCCAGCUGUAAAAAUGCACUUACUUGCACUUCCAUGUAUUCUAGCAUAAGAAAAACCUAGAAAGGUUCGGCAACCAGCUGAUAUCCUAACCAGGGCAUCAAGGCUCUUUUUUUUUUUCAUGUACCAACACCAAAGUAGAAAUCGCCAGGAUUGAUAACGAUUUGAAUUUCUAACUCACCUGCAGCAGAGAUGAACUUUUCGCCCAGGAGACGGCCGCUUCUGCUGUGCUACAGGAGCAUGCCAAGAGGAUUCUCAAGUGCUUCUGGGCUAAGGCGAAGAGGCAUCAUCGUGGACUUGACGGCUGAUUGGAAAGGAGGACGUAUCCAAGAUCAUCAUUAUGGCUGUGAGGUUGAAGGUAAUUGGAAAGGAGGACGUAUUCAAGAUUUUAUCUACAUACAUUUCUUUUACUUUUCCUAGUUAGCUUGGCUCCACCCAUAUUAUGGCUGGAGGCGUUGCGCAGGGCUCCGGCCCCGCUUUGAGGUUGGUGAGCCCUCUGGGGCUGGUAGGACUACGACAGCGCCGGCGCUUAGUCAGUAGUAGACUUAAUUACCUGACUGAUUUCCGUUUUCUCGGCUUUGUUUUUCUAGUUAGGUCUGCUCCACCAACAUUAUGGCUUUGAGUUUGGAACAAGCUUCGAAGAUAAAUUUUUCAGGACUAUUGAUCUUCUGUCCUCUCUGUGACUACAGUGACUAGAAGAAGUUUGUUUUGUAGAAGAAAAAGCUAGUGGUAAAAGUCCAAUCCGAUCGUAUGCUAUUCUAUCCUUUCUUACCCUUGUCUACUGCUACUGUAUCUUAUUCUACUCCAUGAUCCUAUCCUAUCCUAUCCUCCUCCAACCUAUAUUGCUUUGAUGUGAAUCAGGGGAGCAUCCUGUCCUAUCCUAUCCUCCUCCAUCCUAUAUUGCGUUAACGUGCAUCGGGGGAGCGGCUGUUUUUUUACACUCGCGAAUGUCGAGAACGUUGGGUUAGACCUGGUGACGAGGUGGAAUACACCAUAGUCGAAGGAAAAAGCAAACGGAAAGCGGAAGGUGCAACUACUACUAAUACCAGUACUGCUGCUACGAGCAGUACUGAUGGCACUCGUGGUUCUGAUGUUUCCGACGAACAUGACGGUGAUAACAGCAAUAAAACGUCAGGAGAGUUUCAAAUAACGGCGAAUGGGCGUUCUGAAGAUCAUCAUCAUCAUCAUCAUGGAGACCCGAAUGCGCGUUCUGAAACUCAUCUUAAUGAACCGCAGAGGUCGUAUAAGUAUGUCAAAAAAGUGACAGGAGGUAGUGGUAGCAUACGUGUUACGAUUCCCAGGAAGAAGACGUUCACUCCGAACAUCAUUCCACCUCCCAACAACGGGUUUGCAACGCAUGGAGGACAACUUCAUGCUCAUUGUAGUACACCUGGGUAUGCGUCCACCAGCUCCAGCAGCACUCAUAGUCCAUUGUCUACAACUGACUCGUCCACGACUGGUUCAUCCUCUACGACAACGACUAUAGUAUAUCAACGACGACGUCCUCAUAGAGGAAGGGAGAAAACGAAAAGUAGUAAGUCUUCGACGGGAUGUAGCGGAAAAAAUAAAAGUCCAAGACGCAGUAGUAGAAGCAGCAGUACUGAUGGAGCCUUCUGGAGAUGGGCGAAACCGCCAAUAGGUGUCAAGCGUAGGACGUUUGAUUAAGGCUUUUGACGUUGAAUUCGAUCUAAGUCCAAUCGGUAUUCGUGUUGAAGAGAUAGUGGGAUCGGAAACUGUAGAGGUAAUCGGCCCGCUUCUUUCGAUGAUCUGGUUCUACUACUAGUUCUCUGAAUCAUUUUGAAACUUCUUUUAUUCACGAAGCUGCUGAUCAAUGAUGUUGGCUCAAUGAUUGGUUAUCCUCUAAUGUACCUUUGAGACGAUUUUGGACGACAGUGGAAGGCCAAGAAGUGCACCAAUCACUCCAGAAAGAAAUCCCUAUGUUAUGGCGAAAUCCUAUUUGCAAAAUCAUAGGCAGAAUUUUGCUACAUUCGACUGUUUUUUCAACAGUUGUCCACUCCUUAGAGGAUAUCAUUGAGUUGGCGAACCAUGAGGAUGAAGGAAUGUGGGUAAUAAAUAUGGUUGCACUUGCACCUCUAAGUCGAAGCCCAGAGAGACGGAGGGUGAGGGAUCGUUCUCUCCAGAAGAUGCCCUGGCGGAAAGUGCGUUCCAGAUUGACCAAGCAGAGGAAGGUGGAUGGGCAGCUUUUUUUAUGGCUCCUGAACAUGAGGUGCAAGGAAGUAUUCGAAAACUCAAAAUAACCGAGUUACUGACGGAAAUAAGGGAGGUAGCUUAACACCAAGGCUACUCUUUCUUCUCAUCAGUAUCUCGGUUAUUCUGAUCAGUUACUGGCUUAUAUCAGUUUUUCGAAUACUUCAUUACAAAUAGUUACUUUGAUUCAGAACUGUGAUGUGCGGACCAGCACAUCAUCGUAGCGUGUAGAAGAGCUGUUUAACAGUAUUACAGCGACGUACGGCACUCUCGUUUGGUAAACAAAGAAAGCGGAUACAAAUAGAUCUUGCUCCAUGAAGUUAGUACAAACAUACCCCUAGCCCUAACAUCGAUCAUCUAGCUGUCUCUAACCUCGUCAGCCGGCGUCGCACUGGAAAAAUUGUGCAGCUGACUAAAAAUGGAGGAGCCAUUCAGCCAGAAGGUAAAUGUGGAAGGGGUCAUCGAGUCACUUUCGCAGCAUCGGGUAAAUUCAUUCUGAACGAUACUGUUUCAUACUCUCUAAGACCGAAUUUGAAGCGUGAAAAUCAAAACGUUGCAGUAGAUAUCGCGAUAAUAGAUAAGGCAGGAGAUGGAGAUGCUUCUUCUGACGCAACUAGUGAAGAUCAUAUCAGUGAUCUUGAUGAAGGAGAAAGCGAUCGUCUUCAAACGCGAAAAGAUGAGCAUGAUGAGAAAACUAAAGUAGAAGACGCCAGUACGCCGGUUAAUCUAAAUGAAGGAACCACGUUACUACAACCUCAUGCAAAAAAGUGAAACGUUGACAAGCGGAGGCCUUAGAC